CUAACUCAGUAUAACGGAAAUAGAACUUUUCCAGCAUGGUGGCAUGAGUUCAAAGCAGAAUGGUGUAAAGCAGCAACAGCAGAUAUUCAGCCUAAUAUAGAUGAAAAAUACCAUAUCGAUGUAAAUAACUGG